GGCUGGAUGAACGAGAUGCCCGUGUACGACCCGGAGACAUACCACCCGUCGCUCACCCAUUCUGUGUAUGCCACCCUGGAGGGCAGCUGCCUACGCCUGGCCUACCCCCGCACCAACAUCCCCCGACGGGCAGCCUUCGACGAACUGCCCCAUGAAGCCGUGUUCCUGCGCUCGCGCUGCUACCAGCUGGCCAACUGCAAGGUCUCUCUGUUGCCUGCUGCCUUGGCACGGAAGAGAGUUUGGAAUAAGAAGUACCCUAUCUGUAUCAUACUGGCCGAGGGAGAGGUGGGGAGAGAGGAGGAGGAGAGAGUGGAAGAGGGGCAAGAGGAGGAGGAGAGGACAGACAAGCAGACACUCCCAGACACACAGACACAGGGCCUCCCCGACACUCUCUACCUCUUUGGUCGUACAGGAAGAGAGAAGGAGGAUUGGUUCCAGCACUUCCUGUUAGCCUCGAGGUCAGAGUUCAAGAGCAGCCCAAUCAGAGACGUGCCCAAGUCUGAGGUGUUAUGUAGUGGGAGCUCCAGUAUGRACAGUACGGAGAACCUUCCCCCUCUGAUUGGCCUGAGUGACCUGGUGGACUACGGCUCCUACAUGAGCCGCCUCAUUGGCUUAGAGGGUAGCAGUCCCAGCCCCAGCCCCAGCCCCUGCCACAGCGACCAGGGAAGCCCCACAGCCAGGAAGAAGUUCCCCAGUGAGGAGGCAUCAACAGAGGGGGGCUGCCCAGCAGAGGGCCAACCGGCCUGGGUCAAUGCCCUGGUGGGGAGGAUCUUCUGGGACUUCCUCCGGGAGAAGUACUGGGUGGACCUGGUGGCCCACAAGAUCCAGAAGAAGCUGAGUAAGAUCAGGUUGCCGUACUUUGUGAAUGAACUGAAGUUGGCUGAUCUGGACAUGGGUACCUGCAUACCUCAGGCGCUCAGCAUCUCCAAACCCUCACUGGACCACAGAGGCCUGUGGUUGGAGAUGGAGGUGGUAUAUACAGGCUGCCUACAGAUGACCCUGGAGACGAAGUUGAACCUGUGUAAACUGGGGAAGGAGAAGUUCAUUGGGGUGGAGGCUGACGGAGACAUCCCAGAGACCAGCCAAGUAGGCUCCAAGCCCAGGCUGUGUGUAUUAGCUGACAGGAUGAGGAGUCCUCCAGUGCCGGCUCGUCUGAUGAGGAGGAGGUGCCGCCCACUGAACCCCAGGGAACUCUGGGAGAUAAGAGCACAGGCACGCCACCACCACCAGCGACUGAUGGGUGGGAGCACCGGCAGACGGUUCCUGAGGUURGUGGACAAGAUCGCCUCGUCCAAGUACUUCCAGAAGGCCACGGAGAACGAGUACAUCAAGAAGAAGAUCGCUGAGGUCUCCAACAUGCCACUGAUGCUCACUGUGGAAGUUCUGGAACUCUCAGGGACUCUGGCUGUCAACAUUCCACCUCCCCCUACUGACAGGAUAUGGUACAGUUUCCGCGUGCCUCCCAGGCUGGACCUGCGUGUGCGUCCCAUGCUAGGGGAGAGGGAGGUCACCUUCACACACGUCACAGAGUGGAUCGAGAAGAAGCUGAGUCGAGAGUUUCAGAAGGAGUUUGUGAUGCCCAACAUGGACGACCUCUAUCUUCCUCUCAUGUCCUCCGUGCUGGACAACCCUCCAGCAGCCCAGUAUUCCCCAGCCCACUCCUCACGCCGCUCCUCCAACAACUCCCAGUACUAUGUGUCUGAAUAGCGCCUCACUGUGGCAGUGGAUGGAGAAGAAAAUAAAUGGAAAACCAGUGGGCAUGGAUCCACAGUGGAUUCUGAGCAGAUAGCGCUUGGUUCAGUCCUAGCUUGUGAGGGAUGGUCAUACGUGCACGUACAACGUGGCAUGACGACUGGAGAGUGGCAUGCAGGAGAUAGUGGCAUGGCUAUGCUCUGAGCAGCAAGAGGGACUGGUAUAAUCGCAUAGAGCCUGUUAUAGCACCCGGCCCUACUGAUCUAGAAGACUGAACUUAGACAGCCACCAACUUCCUGUGCUAUAUAGUGCACUGCUUUUGACCAGGGCCCUGCUAUGGUAAUGCACUACAUAGGGAAUAGGGUGCCAUUUUGAAUAAAACAGCAARAGGUAGAUAUGUUAACUUGAAGGAAAGUGWAUAUGGGCAUUACUGGUAUGAACUGUGACUGUACGAUGACUAUGCUGUGAUAUACUGAAUCAGUUUGUCCUCAACUCUUGCAGGUGAGCGUUGUACUCAUGUUGUCCAGUGGGCUGGCCAGAACAUUGGUGUAUUAUUGGCCUGACAAAAUGGACUCCUUGAACAAUUCCUAUUUUAAAAGUGAUUGUAGCCCAGAGAAAUUCCCUGGAGAUUAUUGGUUCUCUAAAAUGUUCUCGUCA